ACAGCUCUGGUGGGGCUGUUGGUUCUCCUGGAGGGUUGGGGGUGUGUAAAUCUUGAGGUGCAUAGUUUUGGGGGGUGUCUAAAGCAGUGGAUGCAUAGCUUGAGUUGUGUAAAUUUGGGGAGUGCAGAGUUAGAAUGUGCAUAACUCGGGGUGCACAUAGCUUGGAGUGUGCACCUCUUGGGGUGUCUGUCCUCUGCAGUGUGCAUAAUUCGGGCUGCACACAGCCUGGGGUCUGCACAGUUUGGCUGUGCAUAGCUUGGGGUGUUUAUUGCCUGGGGUAUCUGUAGUCUGGGGUGUGCAUGGUUAUGGGGGUUCCUGUGAGCCUGGAUAACUUGGGGUGUGCAUAGUUUGGAGUGCCUCUGUAGCCUGGGGUGUGCGUAGCUUGGGAUGGUCAUCACCUGGGGUGUAUCUAGCUUGGGGUGUUCGUGGGCUGGGGUGUGCACAGCUUGGGGUGUCUGUAGCCUGGGGUGUGCAUAGUUUGGUAUGUAUCUAGCUUGAAGUGUCUAUAGUCUGGGAUGUGCAUAAUUUGAGGUGCAUCUAGCUUGGGGUGAUCAUGGCCUGAGAUGUGCACAGCUUUGGAUGUCUGUAGUUUGGGGUUCCUAUAGCCUGGGACGAGUGCAUAAUUUGGGGAGUACACAGCCUUGGGGUAUGUGUAGGUGGGUGGUGCAUAGCUUGGGGUGUCUGUAGCCCAGGGUGUUCUUAAUUUGGGGUGUGCAGAGCUUGGGGUGUGCAGCAAACGAGGCUGUGCGGAGCUUGGGAGGGUGCGCGGCUUGGGGUGUGUGUAGCCUGGGAUGCACAGAGUUUGGGGUGUCUGCAGCCUGGGGUGUACACAGCGUGGUGUGUGCUUAACCCGGAGGGAGGGUGCAUAAUUGGGGAGUGCACGAUUUGGGGUGUGCAUAACCCGGGAUGGACCCAGCCUGGGAUGCCUGUACCCCAGAGUACGCCCAGCCGUGGGCGCACACAACCUGGAAGGUGAUUAUAAGCUGGGGAGCAGUCACUUGCGGUGCCCCAGUCGUGGCCCCCCCCGGCUCAGCCCCCUCGGUUCCUUGCCUCCCGGUGUCACCACCUCCGGGCGGUGCGGGCAGAGUUGAAUAUCCUCCGUUAGCCCCAGCGUGAGUGGCUCUGGGGAUGCCCGUGAGUGACUCUGGGCUCCAGCGGUACCCGCGGAUGGGAGUGGAUGGGGAUGCGGUUGCGGGGCGAGAGCCUGGUCCCGCCCCGCUGCCUCCAUUGGCGGAAAGUUUGGGGCGCGGCACGGGGUGGUGGCCCUGCUUCCCCCCUCCCUCCCCAGUCUCCCGCCCCGGCCCCGGCCCCGGUGCGGGCAGCGGUGAGGGCAGGGCCGGGCCGGGCCGCCCCGGGCCGCCCGGGGCCAUGUGGGCGCUGCGGGCGCUGUGCCUGGCGGGGCUGGGUGCGGUGCUCGGCGGGGGCUCGGCGGAUCAGUGCAACUGGAGGGGCAGCGGGCUGUCUCAGGAGGCGGGCAGCGUGGAGCAGCUGUCCCUGCACUGCGCCGAGGGCUCUCUGGAGUGGCUGUACCCCACGGGUGCCCUUCGGCUGCGCCUGGCCCCCCGCUUGCCCCCCGCCACCGCCGCCGUCAAAGGCAGAAGUCCCCAGCACGUCACGGCCUGCGUCAAACCGUCCGGCACUUUCCGGGGGGCUCAGCUCUACCUGGAGAGAGAAGGGGUGCUGGAGCUGCUGCUACCGGAGGCCCCCCGGCCCCGCGUCCGCUGCUUCAGUUGGUCACCCCAGGAGAAGGUGGCUCUGUUCCUGCAGGCCACCCCGCACCCCGACAUCAGCCGCCGCAUCGCCGCCUUCCGCUACGAGCUGCGGGGGGACUGGCUGGCACGCCCCCCCCUGCCCGCUGCCAGCCCCGCGGCCGAAGGGGCGUGCCGGCCGUGCAACGACAGCGAGCUCCUGAUGGCCAUUUGCACUAGUGACUUUGUGAUCCGCGGCAGCAUCCGGAGCGUCUCCAACGACGCGGAGCUGCAGGAAUCCGUCAUCGGGGUCAGCGCCGCCCGCAUCCACCGGCAGAAAUUCCCCCUUUUCCAGGCGGGGGGGCGGCCGGCGGGCAGCAUCCGCACCCCGCUGCGCUGCGGCGUCAAGCCGGGCCCCGGCACCUUCCUCUUCACGGGGUGGCUGCAUUUUGGGGAGGCCUGGCUGAGCUGUGCCCCCCGCUACCGGGACUUCCAGCGCAUCUACGAGGGGGCGCGGCGUGCCCGCCAGAAUCCCUGCGAGUUCCCCGUGGACUGAGGGGC